UGUUGUCAUGUCGAUGUCGCUCUUGUGUCGUUGCUACCUGUCGUGAUUUGUUGAUGUCAUCAUUACAGCUACUACCUGUUGUGCUACUAUUUGCCCUUGUUGUGGUAGCAGUAAGCUGUUCCUGUUAGCUAUUUGUAGUUUGUUUUCUCCUAGCUUUUUGGUUUCGUGUUUUCUUGUUAGCCAUUAGCUGUUUCCAGUUUUUCUGUUUCCUGCUAGAUACCUGUUUGCUUCCACGCUAGGCCUUUUUGUUUGUUAUCCGCUCAUGUGCGCGCUUUUGGUUUGAACCCUUUCUUCGGUUUUGUUCUAGUAUCUUAAAUUAUGUUUUCUCACUCCAUGCCUGCCUCCAUUUCUGCAUCUUGGGGUUCGUCACAAACAAACUCUGACAUUAACGUUGUCACAACUUGGCUUGGACAUGGAUUUUUUGUGCUCCUUGGACGCAGCGGGAUUACAGGACGAGCCAGGCGUGAAUUCAGGCCUCGCUUUGAAAAGUACGCCAAACGUGCUGUACUUUUGGGCAGCAUCCUGGGCGUCGUCAUCCCUCUCAUCUUCUGCGUGGGUCUGGUCGCCUGCUUUGUGGCUCCCUGCUGCUUCUUCUACAAGAAGUGCAGAAAAGGCCGCAAUUCGCAGCGUCAAAAUGUGCCGACACCACCUUUGUCGCUGUACCCCAUCAGCCGCCCCCUCCGGCACAGCAUUACCCGCCGUCUCAGCCGGGCUACCAGGCCGUGCCUCUGCAGCCUGGUUACGGCAUUCCCGCAGCACCACCACCUCCACCAUACGUUGAAGCUGGGCAUCAACUACCUGCUCCGCCUUCUGCUCCUGUUCAGCAUCCGCAGCCUCCAUACAACCCUGCUUACGGCUUCAACCUCUAACACACGCCAAGAGUUGGACUGCAUGCUUUUGUCACCACCCGUGUGGGAUCCUUCAUGAUUACAGCAUUAGUUCUGUUUUCUCUUGUUGUAUGGUGUACAUGUUAUUAAA